AGCUGGAUCUUUACACCGUGACGACGUGUGUGCAGGAGGAACGCAACGACGACGACGACGACGCCGCGCGUUAACGGAUUGUUGUUGUUGCUGUAGCGGGCGAGAGAGCGGGGGUCCUGUCGCGUUAAUCCGUAGUAGGCCGUGGGAUUGACCGCGUGUGAGGAAUAACCCCUUGUGUUAGGUCCGAAAGCCACGAGACUUCCGGUGAAGUGGUUCGGAUUGUUCGGGAGUUUGGUUGGUGUGUUGAGGAAUCUGCGCUACCCCCAGUGGAUAAACGGCAGGGGGUGUGAUACACACACACAAACACAGAAAGCAACCAGCAACCCCCUGCAAGGGAGUGUGACAAGUGCCAAAAGGGAUGCUCCCUACCGGAUGUUCCCAGUAGAGGACAGCUAGUGGAUAUCAUCUGUAGGAAUUCGGAAUCUCCAGGAAGAGGAGAUGUCAAGUGACGGUGAAUCCUGCUCGCAGUAGGCCGCCGAGGAAAAUUACUCCAAUCGCGGGAGGCCAGCGCGCGUGUGUGUGUGCGUGAUCCUUGCGGUGGAUGCUGUGUGCGAAAAUUUCGCUCGAAAACACCAAUACCAGCGUGUAGCGUUUCGAAGGAUUCGCCGAGCACGGGGAAAACUCCGGUCCGAAAUGGCAAGUGGCAAGUGAGCGGAGAGAGAGUGAGCGCGGCGAGGAGAUGCUGCUGCUUUGACAUCUGGAAGAGUUUUCCAAUAAUAGUGUGUUGUUUGAUUACAAGGUGUGCGGUUUAUGCAUCGCCAAGACACCACGUCCGAGUUGUGGUCGCGCCGUUUAUCAAUCGCUAGAGCAACAAUCGAGAGCGAGAAUUUUGGGGGGUGGAUUCCGAAUCGUAACGUGAUGCUGCGGCGAUGAUGAUGUUGAAGCAGUUGGCCCAGUGUCUGGCCAACGUCGGGCGGCGGUGAUGAUAACAGAGCAGCGGCAGCUGUAGUAGUGAAAAAAAACGGGGAGGUGGAUACUCUGUAAUCAAUAGUGAACAACAAUUCGGGCGAGGAAGAUAUCCGAAAACGAAGAGCAGAGAGAAAGUGUGUCUGUAAUGCAGCAGCAGCAGUAGUGAAAGUGGAGGAAUGUUCUAGAGAGAGAGAAAGCGAGUGAAAGAGCGGCCUAUCCUUCGACCUUCGCCGAAAAAGCAAAAAUAGUCCUGUUUAUGUUUUGCCUCACUUUCUCGUGUCGUGUCGUCCUAGAAUAUGUGUGUGUGCGUGUGAUAAGGUGAAUACUAGCUUCCACGGCUAUCACGAGGUGUAAUCAGUGUUCAAGAGUAGUGUUGAUCUGUUUUUCUGUUAUAUCUGGCUCUAAAAGAAGUAAUUCUGUGUGAAAAUCCAAGGAAGAAAAGUAUUCUAAGCUACACUAUAGCCACAAUAGCUCAGUCAGUCAGUCAAUGUUUGGGAUUAAAGUGAAAUUUCGUAUUUAAAACACAUCGUCUUGUCAUAGCUUUACAACUACAACUAGGAAUACCAAAAUGACUCACCAGCAACGGUUGCAGAUUCGGACGGUCGUAGCAGUUCUAACAGUCCUUCCGGCGCUCGUGAUAGCGGCCCAGCAGCAGCGAUUCCGGGUACAACCCCGCGACCUCCAGGUUCUGGAAGGUUCCGAGGCGUUGCUGCGAUGCGAAAUCCAGAACCUGAUGGGCGCGGUCCAGUGGACCAAGGACGGAUUCGCCCUGGGGUUUUCCCAAACGAUACCGGGCUACCCGCGGUACUCGGUGCUCGGUGACCGGACCCAGGGCGUCUACAACCUGCGCAUCUCGAACGCCUCGCUCGAGGACGACGCCGAGUACCAGUGCCAGGUCGGGCCCGCCAAGUUCAACUCGGCGAUCCGGGCUAACGCGAAGCUGAUUGUGAUAUCUCCACCAUCGUCCAUCGAAAUCCAGGGCUUCACGCACAACGCCAAGGUCGAGGUUCGGGAGGGCCAGGACCUGACGCUGACCUGCGUGGUGGCCAACUCGAAACCGGUGGCCCAGAUCGUGUGGACGCGGGGGAACAUCGAGUACAAGUCUGACUCCAUCGAGAACAAGGUGAUCGAAACCGAGGGCAAACGGUACACGGUGACGUCCCAGCUGCGCAUCAAGCCCACCUCGGACGACGACUACAUGGAGUACACCUGCCAGGCCAAGCACAAGGCGCUCAACCCGGACAAACCGAUGCAGGCCACCGUGCAGCUGUCCGUGCUGUAUCCCCCCGGAGCGCCGUACAUCGAGGGCUACACCCAGGGCGAAACGCUGCGGCGCGGCCAGACGGUGGAGCUGAUUUGCCGGAGCCGUGGGGGAAAUCCACCCGCCCAGCUCAUCUGGUACAAGAACGGGGCCCAGGUCCGGAUGGCGUACCGGACGUCCGAGCGGCUGUCCGAGAACAUUUACUCGUUUGUGGCCGAAGCGGGAGACAACAAGGCCAAGCUGCGGUGCGAAGCGAACAACGUGAUGGCACCGGCGCCGCUCAAAACGGAAGUUACGCUGAGUGUGUUGUUCGCCCCCACCCACGUGACCAUUUCCGGCCCGUCGGAGGCCCGCGUCGGCGAUCGGGUCCCGCUGCAGUGCCAAACGGCCCCCUCGAACCCGCCAGCCGAGAUCAAGUGGAGCGUCGGUGGCCAUCAGUUCAAAAAUGCCACCUCGCGGACAAUCGAAAGCCCCGAAGGCGGCUGGAUCACGACCUCGAACAUCACGGCCCCGGUGGACACCAGCAAGCGCUCUCUGGUGGUCAUCUGCCACGGGCUCAACAUGCAGCUGACGGAGAACGUCGUCUCGACCCACACGGUCAACAUACUGCUGCCGCCGAGUCCGCCGAUAAUUUCCGGUUACGUGGAAGGCCAAAUCAUCCCGGCCGGAUCCGUGCAGAAGCUGCUGUGCGUUUCCUCCGGCGGCAACCCGCUGGCCACGCUGACCUGGUUCAAGAACGAUAAGAAGAUCAACUCCGUGCUCAAAACCGUGGACAAGUCCGUGUCGGCCGAGCUGACCAUCCUGGCGAACGUCACCGACAACAUGGCCCGGUACCGCUGCGAGGCGCACAAUUCGGCCACCGAAAUUCCCUUGUUCGAAACCAAAACCCUCAGCGUGCACUUUGCCCCGGAAACGGUCAAGAUAACGAUCGACCCGCCCGAGCUCAAGCCCGGCCUGGAGGCCACCCUGAUCUGCGACUCGAGCUCGAGCAACCCGCCGGCGGUCAUCUCCUGGUGGCGGGACGGCAUCGCCGUGCAAGGUAUCAACAACUCGUCGAAGGCGGGCCUCUGGGGCGGCACCGUGUCCUCGCUGGAGCUGAAGGUAAACAUCACCCAGGACAUGAACGGCAACGUCUACACCUGCCAGAGCACGAACGAGGCCCUGCAGCGGAGCGUGCACGAGGCAGUCAAUUUGCAAGUGUUGUAUCCGCCCAAGUUCUCGCCACCCCCAUCGUCGACGGCCGUCGGCGUCGAGGGCGAAUCGCUGACGGUGGCCAUGGUCGCGACCGGUAAUCCGAUGUCCAUCGCGUACACCUGGACCAAGGACGGCCUGCCGAUUCUGUCGUCCGGUGUCCAGCGGAUCGUCUCCGAGGGACCGAUUCUGAACAUUACCAAGCUGACGCGGAACGACGCCGGCGUGUACACGUGCGAGGCGGUCAACUCCCAGGGCUCGGCCAUGAUUAAUAUCACCGUGGUGGUGGAAUAUGGCGCAUCGAUAAAAUCCAUCUCCGAGAACGUGAUCGUAAAUCCCGGCGAGGACGCGAUGCUGUCGUGCACCGUGGAAGGCAAACCGUUGAACGAGGAGCACAUCCGGUGGGAGCGCAUCGGGUACGACAUGACGAUAAAAACGUCCACGACGUACGCGAACGGGACCAGCUAUCUGCACAUCAAGGAUGCCCGCCGCGAGGAUGUUGGCAAUUUCCGCUGUAUCGCCGAUAAUCGCGUUGCGAACCCGACCAGCCGGGAUGUUUUAUUGAUUGUGAAAUUCAUCCCCGAAAUCGACAAGUCCCCGCCGAUGCUGCGGGCCGCCACCAGCGCCGGUGAGCGGGGCCGCCUGCCUUGCCGCGCCCAGUCCGCACCCCGGCCCAAGUUCUACUGGUCCCGCGGGGGUCAAUCGUUGAACGUGAACCAAACGUCCAAGUACUACGUCGAGUACAAACAGAUCGACUCGCUGACGUACGAGUCGAUUCUGCUGAUCGAGCGGGUCGCCUCGAACGAUUACGGCCAGUACGAGUGCACCGCGCGGAACGAGCUCGGGAGCGUCAAGGAGCUGGUCCGGUUGGACGUGACGUCCCCGCCGGAUCCGCCGCUGAGCUUGAACAUUUUGAACGCGACUCACGACUCCGUUACGGUCGCGUGGACGCCCGGAUUUGACGGGGGAAUGAAAGCGAACUACCGGAUUCGGUAUCGGGAGGCGAACAACGACCACUACCGGUACGAGGACAGCCUGGCCAACUCGCACAAGCUGACCAUCACGGGGCUGCGCAUGAACACGCUGUAUCUGUUUUCGGUGAUGGCCUCGAACGCGCUCGGCUCCAGCAAGUAUCUGCCGGAUUUGACCCGGGCCCAAACGAAAGACACUCCACCCUCGCAGCCGGCCUCCUCGCUGGGCAGCAAACCUCCGACGGGGCCACCCCCGUCCUCGAUCGGGGCUUCCGGGCUACUGUUGCUGAUUGGGGUCGCGGCCGGAAUCUGUCUGGUGCUGCUGAACAUUCUGCUGAUCGGGUGCUGCAUCCACCGGCGCACCAGCCACAAGCGGGUCAAGCGGGGACCCGACCCGAUGCCGUCCGAGCUGGCGGAAAAGGCCGAACUGCCCAGUUUCGUCAUUUUCUGCAUCGCCCUCGCCGGGCUCUGUCUGCUCGUGGUGAAUGCCGGCCUCGUCGCGUGGUUUAUCAUUAAAAAGCGAGCGAAAGAUUCAUCCAAUCAGAACAGCAAAUCCGCCACCAUAGAAAUGUACGCACCAAGCUCAUACAAUGACACCGUUACAGGCGAAACCCUGUCCAGCGUGUCGGAGAAGAGCGACUCGUACUCGAACGACGGCAGCCAGCCGGACUACAUGGAUGAAACGCGCAAGAAAGCUGCCUCGACCUAUCUGGUGGAAAACAGUGACAUGCCACCGCCGCGCUACCAAAAGGACGGCACCUUGCCACACUAUCCGAACAACAUCGGCGCAGCCCACACCCGGACGUUGCCCCACCCGAGGCACAACAAUGGGCCGUACGAGCAGCAGCGCAGCCGGGACGACCAGCUGAUCGGGAAGAACAACUACGUGACGGCGCCGUCCCCGGGCCCACCGCUGGACGGCUCGUACUACAACAUGAACAGCGACCGCUAUCUGUCCUAUCCGCCGAUGCCGCUCGGUUUUCAGGACUACCCCCCGAUGGAGUUCUCCACGCCCCCGCCCCUACCCGUGAUACCGGCCCUGCCCGCCAACACGAACGGAACGCUGCGCCGGGGUGGCGGCGCCUCGGCCCGGGCCAUGGUUCCCCCGCCGGACGUGACCCACCACACGCAGCACAGCGCCCUCAACUCGACGACGUCCAGCGGCGGCGGCCCGCUCAACAUCUCGCAGGUGUCCACGUCCACGCCGAAGCAGCCCCAGGGCAUCCUGAAGGACCCGAACAAGCCCCGGAACCAGGCGUCCGGCGGCAGUCAGCAGCAAGUCAUGAACCACCUCAACAGCAUCGGCGGUGGGCUGCAAAUGCUCGGGGUCGUCCAGCAGGGCCAGCUGAACCCGUCCCCGGUGCCGUCGAUGAUCCCGGGCGGGCCCGGUUCCGGUGGCCUCAUCGUCCCCGUCAGCGGCAGUAGUUUAGGUAACAAUUUGCUCAUCGGCACGUACGACCCGAGCAGUACGAACCUGAGCUCGUUCAACGCCUCGCUCGGCUAUACCGACGCCGACGGGCAUCUAGUGUAAGGUGGGUGAGAUUAGUCUAGGUCAGGGAGGGGAGAAGAAAAUUCUAACAAAACGAAACGAAGCAAAGUCGAGAGGGAGACGGAAAAAACAGAAACACAAAGAGAAUUAAGACAAAGAUAAUUCUAUUAAAGCAAACAAUCUUUUUAACUUUAACGUAUUAUAAUUAUUAUUAUUAUUAUUGCUAGAAGAAGAAGAAGGAGAAGGAGGACAAGAAGAAAAAAGAGAAACAAUUAAAUUGUUGAGUUUGAAAAGGGGGAAAGCGAGAGUGUGAGAGGAAUGCGCGAAAGAGAAGGAUGUUGAACAAUGGUAGGAUCUUUUUUGUUACUUUUAAGUGGAUGUGAUCAAAGGCGUGUGAGUUGAUGAUGAAGACGGAGGGUGAAAUUAGUUUUGUUUGAAUGUCGUUUCUUUUCUUUUUUUUAAGUAAAGUUAAGUUUACCCCCCAAGUGAUAGGAUUACUCAGAAUACGUCCUUGCUUUCUGUUGAAUAAUGUAUGGCCAAAGGUGGGAUGAGCUGGUUUUGGAUUGAUGUCUCCGAUGCACUUUUUUUUAAUUUUAAUGUUUCUAGAAUUCCGCUUUUAAAUGUUAUUGUUCGAUGCAACAUUUUCAACUUAUUUUUAAAAUUUUAAACUUUCUUACAAAAUCACUAAAAAUCUCCAAGACAAACAUUUCUAAACUGUGUUAAAGUUUUUGGAGGGUCGGAGAACCCAUUUGAAUUAUUCAAAAAAGUAUUCAACAUUUUGAAAAUUCUUUUUUAUUUUUCAAUCAUUCAUACCAGAGAUAUUUUUUUCCUUUACUCUGUAGUAAAAUUCUUAAGAUCUUCAAUUAGAUCGUUUCAAAUAUGUGUCCCCUCUUCAAUAUCGGCCCGAAAAAUCAGUGGACAUAAAGAGUAUUUUUAAGAAAAUUUCAAAAUAUUGUAAUGGAAACAGAAGUGUUAUCAACUGAAAUUAAUAUGAAAUGCAUGAAAUGCAAUGCAUUUUUCUGUGUUGAAAAAUAUAUUUUACAUGUUUGCAUGCAAUAUUUAGUUUUUUGUUAAAUUCCAAUGUACAGCACCGCAAAAAGUUCAUUUUCCUGAUUUUUUUGUUUUUAAAUUUUGAAAUAUAAUGAUUGCAAACCACUUUGCUGGUGUAAAAUGGAUUUUGAAACAUUUUUUUCCCAUUUAAAUGUAAAAUACCGUGACCUGUAAUUUCAAUUUUAUAUCUUUUUCAAAAGUUUUUGUAUUUGCUUAGUUUUUAGAAAAAAAAAACUGGCGCUGGAAUUAUUAUUUUUUUUAUUUAAUAAAAAGUUGAAUCAACCAAAUAAAAGUAAAAAUAAAAUCUUCCAAAACUUCCGACAUAAUUUUAAAAUAUGAAAUAAUUAUUCAUUAUUUAAGAACUGAUAAACGACCGUUAUGAUUUUCAAAAGGGACUUAUUGAACCCCAGAGUGGACUGAAUAGAACAAACCCGGGCAAAGUUCGUUCAGCCAGUGCCGAGAAAUUUGAGUGAAAAUAAAUAACUCAAUCAGGGUUGAGGCCAAAAAAUUAUCAAAAAUAACAAAAUGCGUUUCCCUGCGUUGAUAAUUAUUUUUAGCAGGUUUGUUCUUGCUUAAAAAUAAGUUUUUUUUAACUAUUCUGAUGUACAGUACGAAGCGUUUUUUUUUUUUUUUGAUGAUAUUUUUUGUCAGUACUAAGAUAUUUUGAAAUCGUUGUUAAAUGCAUUUUAAAACACCUUUUUCAUUUAGAUGAUGAAGCCAUGGCUUCAACUCAUUUUUUAAGUCUUUUGAACGAGCUGUCAAAGAAGUGACAUACAGUCCAGACUCGAUUAUCCCAAGGCACAUUUUUAUGUUUGUUGAAGACUAUACAAAUUUUAUUCUAUGUUUUAAUGUCAUUGAAAUAUAUUUUUCAAACUACCCACACGGAAAAAAAUAGUUCCCAAAAACAUAAACAAGCGUUUGUGAAAUUGGAAGCAACCAAUAAAGUAACAAAAUUCGAUGGCACUUUAUGAAAAACGAAACAAAAAAGUUAAACACUUUUCUCAAUGUUUCCAAUUUCAUGAACAGUUGUUCACCGUUUUAGAAACUAAUUUUUCUCCGUGCAAAAUUAAAUUUAGAGACAUUUGAUACGGUUUUCGUUAUCCUUAUCGAAUUACGAUUAUUUGUAUGAUUUUUUACUGUUUUAGUGUUUUUGAAAUUAAAUAUUUAAUUUUUCACAAAAUACAAGAUUAUUUUUUUAAAUACUUAAACGGUUUGAAUUUUGAAAUGAAAUACUCAAAUGUUCACAAAAUACCGUAUUAAAAAACUCAAACUUUCAUAAUUUGGGUUACGAGUAUCAAACGAUUCUAAACUUUGUAGGUAUACAUUUUUCGUGUUUUGGAGUUUUUGCAAUAAAUAUUAAAAAUUUCACAAUAUAAUGUGUCUUUUCAGAUACCCAUAUUUUCAUGCAUUGCAAACGAUUCAGAACUUUGUAUGAAUUUUUACUGUUUUAAACUUUUUGGAAUCAAAUAAUCUUUUUUUUUCGAAAUAACUUAAUUUUUUGAAAAUUCUAAAAUAUGCAAGAUUAGCAAUAUGGGUAUACAAUUAUUCAAAAUUUGGUAUGCAUUUUGUAAAAAAAAUUGCAUUUUGUAAAAAAAUGAGUAUUUCAAUCGAAAAAGUCUAAAACACGGAAAAUGCAUACCAAAUUCCUAAUCGCAUGAUAUCCAUAUGAAAUUUGAGUUUUUUGUAAAUAUUUGUAAAAAAUUAUAAUUUUAAUUUAAAAAAAAACUAAAAAAGGCAGUAAUUCAUUGAAAAUUUCAAUAAUUUUAUACUCAUAGAAAAUUAUGAAAAUUUUAAUAUUUUCAAAACAUGCAGUAUUUUGUAAAAAUUAUGAAAAUUUUAGAAUUUUCUUCAACAAAUGUGUUGAUUUUCAAGUACUUAUAUUUUUAAACUUACUAAAUCACAAAGGAUUUGGCUUCAAUAAGUAAAUUUUAGUAAUACAUUUGAAAGAUAGAUUAUCGUUAUUGUCUCGAUUCUUAUCGUUAUCUCGAUAACUUUAUCGUUAAAAACCAUGGUCAAUAUGAGUAAUAUAGGCUAUUAUUUGGAUUUGUGAAAAAUAAUAAAUAGUAGUUAUUUCUACAUAAUUUGAAAUCCAGUUUGCAAAAAAAAAAAAUCAUUUUUGUAUGGUUUAAAUUUAGUUCAUGUUCAGUUUUGACAACCAAAAAAGUAGAUCCGGUAGAUUUUAAGUCUUUAUGUUGGUAAAGAGCAAUUAAAUUGUAAAUUUUUCUUAUUUUUUCAAGACAAACAAAUUAUUUAAAACCUGGUUAAAAUAUUGAAAAAAAUGAAAAAAACAAAUUAUCGCAAAACAACGAAAACUUGUCAACAAACAUUUCGCUCAAUUAAUAUUCUUGGAUAAAUUAAAGCAAACAAACAACUUUUUCAACACAAAUUCUGAAACAAAUCCAGCCCAACCCACCAGUCUGCCACAGUCGAAGUGAAAAAAAUGUGAUCAAAUCAGGUCUCGUUAAGUUUCGUUACGUUUCCUUUGUUUCAAUCAAUUUUACACAAGCUCACUUUUAAAUUUCCUUCAAACUGCUUCCAUCAACGGUCCAGUCCAGUCCCAUUUCGAACGCGAGUGCAUAAACGUAAGGAGCCAGAAUGUAGUUAAAUGCAAAUCUAGUUAUUGAACGAAAAAUCUCAGCUGAAGCGAGCCAGAAUGGUUGAAAUUUAUCACGUUCGCCGAGAAAUACAAUAAACUUACACAAAAAAGAAAUCAAAUUAGGAGGACGAAAAACAAAAAGAUUUAGGCUCAUUUUAAAUGUUACACAAAACACAACAGUGUCAUGUCAUGUCCCCCACAACAACAAGCAAACAAACAAAAAAAUACCAAAACCACAAGAGUGAAAUGAAACAAACAAAGCGAGCGAGCGAGAGCAAAACCAAUUUUACGUGUAAACAAACCCUUACUCUCUCACUCGAUCUGUCGUCUCUGUGUGCUGCAGGGAAAAAGUCCACGUGGGAGGGGAAAGGGGGAAGGGAUGGCGGGGUCGGUAACUCACAUUAUGCCAAUUAUUAAGUUUAAAAAACGGAGUUUAAAUCAAUCACUCAAGAGAAAACCAGUGAGCCCGCGAGUCGGCGGAGGGAUGGGACAACAGAGAAACGAAACGAAUCUAAUAUUUAAAUAAAAGAUUUAAAAAGAAAACUUGUACAUAGACUGUAAAAGAAGGGAGGAGAAAUUAAGAAAAACGAGUAAGCUGAAGAAGAAGAAAACACAGGGGUAAAAAGCGCGAGCGCGUGCAAAAAAGUCUUUUAUUUAUAGAUAAAGUCAUUAAAGAUAUAAAAAUUGAUUUUUUAAAUCUUCGAGAUAAAACUAGGAAUAAUAACAGAAUAGCGAAAAGGCAGACGAGCUCACACAAACACACAAAAAACACACUCAUGAGAGAGAUAAGAACUGUAAAUAUUUCUUGUAUUAUAUUAUUGACUCUAUAAAGCAAAACAACAGAAAUGUGACCGACGAGUAAAGAAAAAAUACUUUCAAAAAGUUUUUUUUUUUAACCGUGAACAAACAAGUAAACACAAAAUUUAUAUACAUGUAUUAUACUGAAAAAGAAAGUAAGAAAGAAAACACUCACACGAAUACAGCGUUAAACACAGAGAUAAUUUCAACCUUCAAACGAGCAGUUCUGAGCGAAAACGAAGAACAGAAAUCAGGGAUAAAUUCACAGCAAAGAAACACUCAUCAGUAUGGAUUCGAGCUGCAAAAAUAACACAAAACAAAAUAGUCAAUUUUCCCUUCCCGUUGAGAAAAUUUACAACAGGGGCAAUUCUCACCCAAAAGCGGAUUUGGAUAUUGUUUGUAUUUUUUUUUAUUUCGUUAAAACUUUGCCAUUUUGUGCCAUUGGUUCUUCCAUACAAUUUUAACAGCUGUCCAUACAAAAAUGAAACGUUAAUAUUCGAAAAUCUGUAACUUUUGAAGGAAUUUUCUGAUCGCCUUGGUGGCAAAGUUGUACACACCAAAUUUUUUUUUCGCUGAAAUUCAGUCAAAUUUUACAAUAUUUUCAUCAACUGAAAUUUCAGUAGACGAUUCAGUCAUUUAGAUUUUAUUGGAUUCUCAGACUUUGUCACUUUGACAGAUAGUUUGCUGAAAUCUUAGUUAACUGGUUGUCAAAACAACUGAAAUUUCAGCAAAAGAAACGUCAAAUUAUGUUGCUGAAAAAAAUCUAUAAUUUUCUUGUGUCAGUUUGACAGAUCAUUUGCUGAAGAUUCAUUUCAUCAAAACGAUCACAAAAUUUCGAAGAUCUGGCAACCCUGUCUGAAGUUAUGACCACUUGAGUGAUAUUUAUGUCAUUUUUUGAAGCCGGAUCUCACUUAUCUGUUUGUAAACAAUGUCCGAUUCGUCAUCCAACCUUUUCAUUGGAUGAACUACACUCAAAAUCGAAAGUACCCCUUUAAAAGGGUUGCCCUUUAUCUGUCAACACAAGGUAAACAAACCGUUUUUGAGGGUUAUUUCCACCCUUUUUUCAAGUUUACCGUAAACUUGAAAAAAAUGGUUAAAGGAACCCUCAAAAAGGGUUUGUUUACCUUGUGUUGACAGAUAAAAGGUAUGCAGAACCCUUUUUGGGGGGUACCGUCAACUGGGGCGAAUUGGGACAGCAGUUUUAACGAAGUCAGACAGCGAUCGCAGCAACCGAUGGUCGAUACUCGACUGACAUCUGGAUCAACUUGAUGAUUGUUUACGCAAGAGUUUGCGUAAGUUUGAGUGUAGAUCAGACAGCAGUGAGGAAGGCAUCAACCACAUAAGUGGAUUAAGUUAGUUUGUUUAAAAUAGUGUCCAUAAUUGUCCGUUACUAAAUUAUUUUUUUUAGAAAAUUUCAGAAAAUUUCCAGUAAAACUGCUUAAGAGACAUUCAAGAUUGAACCUCUGCACAGUAAAACAAAUCAUGGUAAUAUUACAUCUGGGAAGUGCUACAUCUUUUAUGUCAGAAAAAAAUUUUAGUUUUUCCUCUUAAAAUGUGUAAUUUUACCACUUUUCUGGUGUAAUGCCACUUUUUCAGUCUAAAAAAUAAAAAAUGAGGUAAAAUUACAACAUUAAAUAGGUAAUAUCAACCUUCCAGAAUUACAUUAUUUUUACUGUGUAGUUGCUGAAAGCAAGAGUAAUUUUUCAAAACAACCUAUGAGUCAUGGGUUUCCUGUGCAGAUAGGACCUUUUGAAAAUUUAAUCUAAUGAAUAAAAGAAAAUGAAACAAAAAAAUUGAAGUCCAAAAUCCACAAAAAAGUGCAUAUUUGGAAGGUUGAAUAUUACCUGUUUUAUGAUGUAAUUUUACCUCAAAUUAGACUGAAAAAGUGAAAUUACACCAGAAACGUGAUAAAAUUGCACAUUUUUAGAGGUAAAAUGUUUCAUGUUUUCUGAAAUGAAAGAUGUACACUCAAAAUCAAAAGUAUCCUUUUUCAAGUUCACCCGUCGUCACCCUUUUAAAAGGGUAUCGAAAAUGUACUGAUUUUGACAUACCCUUUUGAAAGGGUGACGCCGGGUGAACUUGAAAAAAGGAUAGAAAGUACCCUUUUGAGGGAUACUUUUGGUUUUGAGUGCAUCCCUUCCCAGAUGUAUUAUUACCAUGAUUUUUUUUACUGUGCAAUUUACAAUGUUAUUUUUUUUAUUUUGGAAUCAAGACUAACAUUUUAAAAGGGCCACACAUUCAAUAUUACGCCCAUUUAAAGUCUUGAUUCCAACAUUUUCUAAAAAAAUUUUUUUUUCAGAAAAUCACGAAUUUUUUAUUUUUCAUCAAUUCUAAAUAAUCUUUUUCAAUAACUACUACUUUGCCGAAGAAACCGAUCAUCAGAAAAUUCUUUCAAAAUUUGCAGAUUUUCAAAAAAUUUACGUACCAUUUUUUUAUGAGCAGCUGUCAAAAUUAUGUGGAGACCUGUAUAAGUAAACCAAUGGCCCCCACAAAGUUUGAGCCAAAUAAAAAAAUACAAAAAAUUAAAAAUGGUCAAAAUCGUCCGACUUAGUAUAGAAUUGCUCACAGCGAUAAACAAAAAAUGCAAACAAUUUUGAGUUGAAACUUUCCCCAAAACCUUCUAUCGUUCACUCAAAUGCCGUAACACGAAACGACAAACAAUGAUUAGCGAAUUUCUUAACUUAUUAGACAAUAAUUAACUAACCAAAAAAACAAAACAACAGCAACCGACGAAAAAACCCCGUAAGAAAUGAGCGAUUUUCGAUUCCAGUUUAAUUCCCCCCAAAAGUUAGUUCAAUUCUAUUUUCGCUGCUUUUCGACUCUUGCGAGGAGCAAAAAAAGAAAACAAAACAAAAACCCCAAACAGCCAACAAAUGGAAGACAAAAUACCUCAACUUGACACACUCUCACAGUUGCUGGAGGAGGAAACCGAAAAUACUCUCAAAAGAUACGAAAAAAAUGGGGAAAACGGUGAGAUUUUUAAAUUAAUUAUUGUUGAAAAAAUGUGCAGCCUCUCUCCAUCAAAUUAUUUGCCAAAGAAAAACAUUGAGAAAUGUUGUCAUUUAAAAAAAAACCUAAACUGCGUGUGUAAAAAACGAGCAACAGCAAAAAUCAAACUUUUGUUUAGGUUAAGUCGAUUAAGUAUUACUUUUAGUCACUAAAUUGUAAGCCGUACCUACGAUCUUUUCUUAAUUUUAUUAUGUUUUAUUUUCGUUCAAGUUGCUGACGAACCGAGAGCUUAACCGUACUAAAAUACUCUUUAAAAUGUGACAGAUUGAAGGAAGCGGAAAAUCAUUUUCGCUUGUCUAAUUUUAACAGUUUUAACUAACACUUGAAUAAAUGGGAAAAAAAAGAAAUAACCUCAACUCGAUUAAUUUAUUUGAAGCCCCCGCGGAAACCCCACUCCAAUUUUGUGUUUCUUUCUUCAAGAUAUGAUCUCAUGACGUAAACA